AAGUAACAUAUUCUUAGUCAGCGAACAACUUUAAACGUUUGCGAUAAAUUUUAUUUAAUUGAAAUAUAACAGUUUGUGGCAUAUUAAAAAAAGUUCAAAUCUACAAUGCCGUCGUCUAUGGAAAUGAUAGAGUUGUAUGACAACGCUCUACUUGGAAUCUUGCAGCAUGUUGGAAACAUCCAUAAUUUCCUUGAGGUCUACUUCGGUUUUCUGUACCGCAAGACAGACUUUUCCCGCCUGCUGUCAACCCCCAUUGACCGUAUGGGCUUCUCUCCAGGGGUGGCCGAGAAGAUGGUCCUAAACUUGUCUCUCAGUAAGAGUUGUGUGGUGGAGUGCAGUGCAGGAGGGAGAGAAGGAGAUUGAUGUGAACCAGAUCAACAGGGAGCGCUCGAUGGCCACUGUGGAUGAGGAGGAGCACUCCCCUAUGACUACCGCCAGAAACUACAAGCCCCAGAGCCACGAGAUGGGGAGCGUUUUCAGUGGUGCGCCGCUGUGUCAAACUGUGCACUGGCCAGGAGUACGCUGCCAAAAUCAUCAAUACCAAAAAGCUCUCAGCCAGAGAUCACCAGAAGCUGGAGCGAGAAGCCAGGAUCUGCAGAUUGCUCAAACACUCCAAUAUCGAGUGACAGGUGGAGAGCUGUUUGAGGACAUUGUGGCCAGAGAGUACUACAGUGAAGCAGAUGCCAGUCACUGCAUCCAGCAGAUCCUGGAGGCCGUGCUACACUGUCACCAGUCGGGUGUGGUACACAGAGACCUCAAGCCAGAGAACUUGCUGCUGGCCAGUAAGUGUAAGAACGCUGCAGUGAAGUUGGCUGACUUUGGACUGGCCAUCGAGGUGCAGGGAGACCAACAGGCAUGGUUCGGUUUUGCAGGUACCCCAGGCUACCUAUCUCCAGAGGUACUGAGGAAGGAGGCCUAUGGUAAACCUGUCGACAUCUGGGCCUGUGGUGUGAUCCUGUACAUCCUGCUAGUGGGGUAUCCUCCAUUUUGGGAUGAGGACCAACACAAACUCUACCAGCAAAUCAAAGCAGGAGCCUAUGACUUUCCAUCUCCAGAGUGGGACUCUGUGACUCCAGAAGCCAAGAACCUGAUUAACCAGAUGUUGACUAUUAACCCUGCCAAGAGGAUAACUGCCCAGGAGGCCCUCAAACACCCAUGGGUCUCCCAACGCUCCACGGUGGCGUCCAUGAUGCACAGACAGGAGACGGUGGAGUGCCUGAAGAAGUUCAACGCCAGAAGGAAACUCAAGGGAGCAGUCCUGACUGCUAUGCUGGUGACGAGGAAUUUCUCCGGUAAAUUUGGUAGACAGUCUACAUCUCCAGCAUCAAUCACUUCUGUGUCUGGAACUGCCGCUGGGAUAGUGGAGCAAGCCAAGAGUCUCCUCAACAAGAAGGCUGAUAUCAAGAGAUGGAAAUCCAGCCCCAAAAUUCACAUCUUGCCUAACAGCACGAGAAACAGCACAGUCACCAGCCCCAAAGGAACCCCCACUGCUGCACUGGAGCCUCAGACCACUGUUAUCCAUGUGGAUAGGAACAAGGACUCAUCUGACAGCAACACCACUAUUGAGGACGAGGAUGUGAAACUGCGAAAACAGGAGAUCAUCAAGAUCACUGAGCAGCUGAUUGAAGCUGUCAACAAUGGAGACUUUGAGGCCUACGCGAAGAUCUGUGACCCAUGCCUGACGUCAUUUGAGCCGGAGGCCCUGGGGAACCUUGUGGAGGGCAUGGACUUUCACCGGUUCUACUUCGACAACCUUCUCUCUAAGAACAGUAAGCCCAUCCACACCACCAUCCUCAACCCUCACGUCCACCUGAUUGGUGAAGACGCCGCCUGCAUUGCCUACAUCCGGCUCACGCAAUUUGUCGAUGGCACGGGCCGCCCACGCUCCAGCCAAUCAGAGGAGACGAGGGUGUGGCAUCGCCGGGAGAGCAAGUGGCAGAACGUUCACUUCCACUGCUCUGGAGCACCGGCCGCACCGCUGCAGCAGUAAACUGGAGGAGUAAGAGAGAGGGGAAAGGGAGAAAGAGAGUUGUAGAGUGAGAGAGGAGAGGAGGAUGGAGAGAGAUACCUGCCCCCCCCCCCCAUUGCAGCGCUCCCUAAUGGCCAGUGCAUGC